GCCUGAAGCCCGGGACCGGCGUGGAGGCUCAGCGGUGGGCUGGGCGGGGCCAGGGCGGGCCGCGGUGACCUGCGCCGCGCCGGAGGAGGUCCCUUCUCCCGCCCGGCUGCGCACGGGCGUGUCAGAUGCGAGUCCCUCCGGCUGCAGAGACCGGGAGGAAGCUUGUGCAGCUGAGCGCGGCUGGAUGGGAUCUUGUCUGAGGUUCUCCUACUCCGGGACAGAAGCCCUCCUGCUGCAAAGGAGGCCAGGUGUUGAGGCUUCAGGCCGGCAUAUGGGAAUCUGGGGCCUGCCCACCCAGACGCGUCUUUUUUUCCUCCCUCGGCUCGUUAACGCCGCCUACCCCGGAGGCGCUCUGUGCGGGAGGUGGUGGCCCAGAGCCUGCAGGCAGCGGCCCCGGCAAGUGAGGCUUUCUUUUCCCCAGCGUCCAGCCCAGCCUCAGAACUUGGACACGUUUUCUUCCACUGCAGCACCAUGACACAAGACCAGCUAUUGUCCCAGAUGUCUACAGAAGAAGAAACUGAGGCCUAGGGAGCCCUGCCUCCUGAGGACCUCUGCCCUGCUCACGACAGCUUCUUCAGGUAUGAGGAGGAAAUGGAAGCACAUUCUCAACGUGGUCCCGUCGCAGCCACCUGUGAGCUUCAAGGACGUGGCUGUGACCUUCACGCAGGAGGAGUGGGGACAGCUGGAUCUGGCCCAGAGGAGACUGUACCGCAACGUGACUCUGGAGACCUGCAGCCACCUGGUCUCUCUGGGGCUUCUGCUUUCCAAACCGGAUGUGAUCAGCUGGCUGGAGCAAGGACAAGACCCAUGGAGGGCAGGACAGGGACCUCCCCGAGACUGGAAGAAUACAUUUGAAAAGAAAGAGUCAGCUUCCAAAGAGGAUUUUACUGUGGAAGAACCAUUCCAUCACAUAGCAAUGAAACACUGCAUACGGGAGGAAGGUCCCUGGUUGGUGUCAUUAGGAGAAAGGCAGGAUUGGAGGAACCAGCUAAGGGAGCACCAGGAGGACUCUUUGAGUCAAAUGGUACUUACCUCAGAGACACUGUUUGCUCAAGGGGAACAUUGUGAGCAUGACCUUGGGGGAAGUUACUUGAGUAUAAGCCUUCUACCUCCAAUAUUACCCACAAGAGCACAUGUCCAUACUCUUGACUCACAUGUUAAAAAGUUGGAACAGAAUUCAGGUUUCAUUAAUCAUGAGAAAGGCUGGACUGAUCGGAAGCCCUAUGAAAACCACCAAAGUGCUAGAGCCUUCUGCCAGAGCAUUUAUUUGAAAAAACUUGGAAACGUUGAAAUGAGAAAUAAAAAGCCUUACGAAUAUACUGUCAGUAGUGACUCUUUCAGCUGUGGUACCUCCCUUCGAUUUCAUAAUAGACUUUUUUCAGCAGAGAACAACAGUAACUGCACAGACUAUGGAAACAUUGUUAAUCAUAGCAUGUCUCCAAAUGAACACAAGCCGAUGCAUUUUAGAGAAUGUCAGGAUGAGCGUGAUGAAUGCCUUGUACAAACCGAAAUAAGUGAUCCUAGAGAAGCACCAUUUAGAUGUGAGGAGGAACGUAAUGCCUUCCACACAGCCUCAUCUUUUACUGACUGUGACAUCGUUCAGACAGGAAAGAAGCCACAUGCAUGCCGUCAGUGUGGAAAAUCUUUCAGCUGUGCCUCUAAGCUUGUUGUACACCAGAGAACACACACUGGAGAAAAGCCCUAUGAAUGUACUCAGUGUGGGAAGUCUUUCAGCCAGAGCUAUGACCUCGUUGUACAUCAGAGAACCCACACUGGAGAAAAGCCCUAUGAAUGUAACCAGUGUGGGAAAUGCUUCACCCAGAGUUCCAAACUUACGAGGCAUCAGCGAACUCACACUGGAGAAAAACCAUAUAAGUGUCAUGAAUGUGGAAAAUCUUUCGGGUGGAACUCUAACCUUAUUGUACAUCAAAGAAUUCAUACUGGAGAGAAACCCUAUGAGUGUACUCAUUGUGGAAAGUCCUUCAGCCAGAGCUCUGACUUUGUUUCACAUAAAAGGACUCACACUGGAGAGAAACCCUAUAAAUGUAACCAGUGUGGAAAGUCCUUCAUUCGAAGCACUCAACUUAUUAGGCAUCUGCGAAUUCACACUGGAGAGAAGCCGUAUAAAUGCAAUCAGUGUGAUAAAGCUUUCACUGGUAGCUCUCACCUUACUGAGCAUCAGAGAACUCAUACUGGAGAGAAACCUUUUGAAUGUAAUCAGUGUGGGAAAACCUUUACUGGGAGCUCUCACCUUCUUUCACAUCAGAGAAUUCAUUCUGGAGAGAAACCAUAUGAAUGUAACAACUGCGGGAAAUCUUUUCGGCAGCGAUCACAGCUUGUUGUGCAUCAGCGAACCCACACUGGAGAGAAGCCUUAUGAGUGCAGUCAUUGUGGAAAAGCUUUCAGCCAGAGGUCUCCCCUCGUUGUGCAUCAAAGAACACACAUUGGAGACAAGCCCUAUCAGUGUAACAUGUGUGUUAAAGCCUUCAGUCAGAGGUCACGCCUUAUUGAACAUCAGAGAACACAUACUGGAGAAAAGCCCUAUGAAUGCAUUGACUGUGGAAAAGCCUUUAAUGAUCGGUCAACACUUACAAAACACGAGAGAACACACACUGGCGAGAAACCUUAUGAAUGUAAUCAUUGUGAAAAGGCCUUUAGUCAGCGAUCUCAGCUUACUAGGCAUCGGAGAAUUCAUACUGGAGAAAAACCCUAUGAAUGUAAUGAAUGUGGGAAGGUUUUCAGUUAUAAUACAUCCCUUAUUCAACAUGAAAAAACUCAUGGGAGAUACCUCUGAAACAAAUAAUGCAAUAUAUGUUAAGAAAAAAAAGAAGAAGGGGCGCCUGGGUGGCUCAGUCGUUAAG